AUGAGUGGUACGGCACUUAAUUUUUUACGUCAGUUUUCUAGCAAAAAUAGUUUGCCCAGAACUGUUGUUGUUUGUGCUAACGGUACAGUUGCUUCUUGGCAUCCACCUGCUCAGUUUCCUUACGAGCACUCCAGGCCAGUUGAAUUCAAACCCUUGAAGGACAGAAGCGAAGAAAAGUCUAUCUUGAGUUCUACUGUCAAGCAACAACGUCAGGCUUCCUAUUCCCCUAAGAACGUGGAUCUGAAAGAGAUUUUCUACACUGACAAAAACGAGUGGUACACCAGAAACUUUUUAUUAGCAUUAGAACAUUUCCCUGUAUAUACCGUUGGUAUUAGAUCUAAGUUAUACUCCAUUGAGGAAGAACUUCGUCUGAAGUCUCUUGGUGCUGACUUUUUCAGAACGUCGCGUGGGGGUCUUAUAACUUUUCAUGGACCUGGCCAACUGGUACUCUAUCCCAUCUUCAACCUACAUGCUAUUUCACCCAAGAAACACGGUGUUCGAACAUUCGUGAGCUCAAUUGAACAGGUUAUUAUCACAAGUGCCAGAAAUGACUUCGGUAUAGAGAAUGUUGGAACAACUGAACAUACUGGUGUUUGGGUAGAUGGCAUGCGUAAACUAGCUGCCAUCGGAAUUAAUGUUUCUCAUGGUGUAACGCAUCACGGCCUUGCAUUGAAUUGCAAUACAGAUUUAACGUGGUUUGAUAAUAUAAUUGGCUGUGGUAUUGAAGGAGUAGAAACAACAUCUCUAUCUAAGGAGUGCUCCCGAGAUAUUAACCCUGAAGAUGCUUUGAAUUCAAUGGUAACUUCAUUUACACAAAUAUUUGAUUGCUCUGUUAUAGAUUAUUAG